CCUCUUCUUACUUCUUUUUCUCCUUCUACUUCUCCUCCUCUUUCUUCUUCUUUUCUUCUUCUUCUUCCUCCUCCUCCUCCCCUCUCCUCCCCACCCCCUGCCCCAUUGAUGUGUUAUUAUUGGGGGGGCUGGAGCAGUAAAAAAAGAAGAAGGAAAAAAAGAGCGGAGCUCGGCAGGGAGAGGUGGAGCGCGGGGCUGCCCGGCGGCGGCGAUGGAAGAACUUACAGCGUUCGUCUCCAAGUCUUUUGACCAGAAAGUGAAGGAGAAGAAGGAGGCCAUCACGUACCGGGAGGUGCUGGAGAGCGGGCCGCUGCGCGGGGCUAAGGAGCCGAGCGGCUGCGCCGAGCCUGGCCGAGACGACCGCAGCAGCCCGGCAGUCCGGGCGGCCGGCGGAGGCGGCGGCGGAGGAGGCGGAGGCGGAGGCGGAGGAGGCGGAGGAGGUGCAGGAGGAGGAGGAGCAGGCGGAGGAGCUGGAGGAGGGCGCUCUCCCGUCCGGGAGCUGGACAUGGGCGCCUCCGAGAGAAGCAGGGAGCCGGGCAGCCCACGGCUUACGGAGGUGUCUCCCGAUUUGAAGGAUCGCAAAGAGGAUGCGAAAGGGAUGGAGGACGAAGGCCAGACCAAAAUCAAGCAGAGGAGAAGUCGGACCAAUUUCACCCUGGAACAACUCAACGAGCUGGAGAGGCUUUUUGACGAGACCCACUAUCCGGACGCCUUCAUGCGCGAGGAACUGAGCCAGCGACUGGGGCUGUCGGAGGCCCGAGUGCAGGUUUGGUUUCAAAAUCGAAGAGCUAAGUGUAGAAAACAAGAAAAUCAACUCCAUAAAGGUGUCCUUAUAGGGGCAGCUAGCCAGUUCGAAGCCUGCAGAGUCGCACCCUAUGUCAAUGUAGGUGCUUUAAGGAUGCCAUUUCAGCAGGAUAGUCAUUGCAACGUGACGCCCUUGUCCUUUCAGGUUCAGGCGCAGCUGCAGCUGGACAGCGCCGUGGCGCACGCGCACCACCACCUGCACCCGCACCUGGCCGCGCACGCGCCAUACAUGAUGUUCCCGGCGCCGCCCUUCGGACUGCCGCUUGCCACGCUGGCUGCCGACUCGGCCUCCGCCGCUUCCGUAGUGGCUGCCGCCGCUGCCGCCAAGACCACCAGCAAGAACUCGAGCAUCGCCGAUCUCAGACUGAAAGCCAAAAAGCACGCGGCCGCCCUGGGUCUGUGACGCCGACGCACGCCACGGUCCAGCCUCUCGAGCGGCGCUGACCCUGCACGACCUCCGCGUCCCGCUGCUUCUCCGCCACCCCCUUCGGACCUCCGGAGCCGGCCCUCUUUCCGCUCCGCUGACCGCCCCUAGUUUCUUUCUGCAUCCUGGACUCGGAGGGCUGGACUCCGCCCUGGACCCGGGAUCCCACGGGGCGCACCAGCCAGUGGCUCCUGCCCAUCCUACCCUUGGGCCUAGAAUUCGUCUUUGCAGGAGCGGGUUUGGCCAAGUCUGGAGAGAGACUGAACAAGGGAGUGCUGGGACAGCGGAAUGUGGAUAACCGCAAGGCUACAACAAUGGACUCUUGAAUAGAAAUAAAAUCUUGCAUAGAAAUAAAAUCUUGCUAACAAUAAAGAGC